AUGCCACUUUUGCCGGAGGGUGUUCCCAUUGCGCCUGGCGUUUCUGCCACAGACGUAAUCACACAGACCAUUGCGUCUCUACCACCAAAUCAACUCAUGGAUAUUCUAACACAAAUGAAAUCACUCACAACACAUGCACCAGAGCAAGCGCGGCACCUUUUGAUUUCCCAUCCCCAACUUGCCUAUGCUAUAUUUCACGCUAUGCUCAUGAUGAAUGUGGUUGACCCUGCUGUGGUGCAACGUGUCGUGAACGAGACAGGUCCCGCAAGUGGUUUCCCAGCAGUUCCUCCAGGCUCUGUUAUGGGCCCUGCUCUAGGGGCACCUCCGUUGCAUCCCAUGCACCCUGAUCCCAUUGCUGCACGAUCGCCACAACCACCGCUCAUGCCAGCGCCGGGGCCCUCACCGAUACCGACCGCUGCGCCUGCCCCUGUUGCGGCGCCGGCACCCAUGUUACACGCGCCUCAGUUAGACGAGCAACAGCGCCAGCUCUUGCAUCAAGUUCUUCAGCUUACGCCGGAGCAAAUCCAGGCACUACCACCGGAACAACGAGCGGGAAUCCUGCAGCUUAAAGCACAGUUCGGGCAUUAA